AUGGCGCAGCCUUCAGAAACUGGAGUCUUUGAAAGACUACAAUCUUAUUCCUUCACAUCCGACCCCGAAUUUGCAAAUGGCCUCUCAAUCAUACUUGGUCACCCUGACACCCCCGCCACCGAGGUGGAGAUGAACCGGGAUGACGACCUUGUCCUGCAAGCAAAGUGUUUUUUUUUCUCGCGAAAAGAAAAUAUUACCCCGACUAUUGACUUCGCUGCCUUUAAAUCAUGGUUGGUAUCGCGGACAACGGAACCCCAAGGGCUAGGCAAUAAUAAAGACCUGCAAACCUCCGAGGCAUCGGACCCAAGCACAUCUGGCGCCGAGGGUUCAACAAAUCCUGAACCUGCGUAUCCGUCAUCGUUUGCGCACAUUGUGGAACUCAUUACUACGGGGCAACCAAUACCUGGAAUCCAGGAUAUCCCGGACACAGUGCUCAGUGGUCAUGAUAUUUCCAGCGAGAAACCACGGCGACGGAAACCAUGGGAGAAAGAUGAAGCAGUGACUACUUCCGAUGAGACUGCAAGCACUGCUCCCUGA